AUGCGAAGAAAACCCAUAUUUUUGUUGCUAUUAUUUCUAUUAGUAUUAUCGAUCAAUGCGACGGAUCAGCCGCCGGACGAGUGUCCCAAAUUUUGUAAAUGUGCACCGGACCCUGUCCAGCCAACGGCCAAACUCCUCCUAUGUGACUAUUCGACGAACGGUACAGUAGUUCCGUUAGCCGAUGCUAAUUAUAAUAAUCAAAUUUCUAAUAUUCGAUCACUAUUUAUCACAUGCGAUCAGCGCCAAUUCCGAUUCCCGGAUGCCUAUUUCAAGUCGUUGACGGCGUUACACCAUCUGCGGAUAGUGGGCUGCCAUAUGACGCACUUCUCUGUGAAGCUCUUCGAAGAUCUAUCCUCCUUACGAACCCUGGAACUGGAUCAGAUGUCGCCGCCAAGCACCGGCGCAUUCGAAAUGACAGAAGACGCACUGAUGCCAUUAGCACGACUCGAGAAGUUCUCGUUGACACGAUCAUUUAAUGUGGAGCUCCCUCAACGGUUACUGUGCUCGUUGCCGCAUUUGCAGGUCCUCAACCUAUCUACAAAUGGGCUUCCAACCCUACGACGCGAGGAGACUUGUGUGGCCCAGCAAUUGCUCAUCGUCGACGUCUCCAGGAAUCAGUUGACGAGUAUUGAACAAUUCCUGCGCGGCGUUCCAGCGAUUCGACAAAUCUCGCUGGCUCACAACUCGAUUGCUCAGCUCGACGCCUCGACAGCCACCCCGUUCCUUCAGCAGUUGGACGCUGAAAACAACCGAAUCCAGGAGUCGAUCUCCCUUCCGGAUACUGUAGUCCACGUGAAUUUGGCUGGAAAUUUGCUGCGAAAGAUUCCAGACGCCGUGUCGACGUUGCCGAGUCUUGUAGCGUUGAAUGUGUCAAGAAAUGAGAUUGAAAGUGGCAAUUCGUCGGUGCUAGCCUCAUCUGAGCUGGAAAUGCUCGACGCAUCGUAUAACAAUUUGGACCAGCUUCCCACAGAGUGGCUUCAAAACUGCGACAAGCGGAUUGCUCAUCUUCAUCUGGAGCAUAAUCGGAUACAGGAGAUUCCAGGAGGUGUUCUGUCGAAUGCCACAAAUUUGCAGACGCUCGACAUCUCCUCGAACCGUCUCCGCGUCUUUGCCGACUCCAUACUCCCGGAAAACUCGAAAAUUGGAAAUUUGCGACUCUCGAACAAUUCACUAGAAGUACUGGAACCCAAAUCUCUGGAAGGACUGAAACUGGAGCAUUUGGAUUUGUCUCAUAACAAGCUUAGCGAAAUCCCAUCGGCCAUUGCAAAAGUUGAGCAAUUGAAGAAGCUGGACCUGAGCAAUAAUCAAAUUAGCAAACUAUAUCAAUAUGUGCUCAACAAGAUUAAGCAGCUGCAUACGGUGGAUUUGUCCAAUAAUCAGUUGCAAAGUAUUGGUCCAUACAUCUUCUCGGACAGCUCCGAACUGCACUCGCUGGACGUGUCCAACAAUGAGAUUUCGCUUCUGUUCAAAGACGCAUUCGCGAGAUGUCCGAAGCUUCGGAAGAUUACGAUGAGGAAUAAUCGGAUUAAAUCCCUCGACGAAGGACUGAGCGAAGCGAGCGGUCUCCGCCGUCUCGACGUCUCCAACAACCUCAUCGUCGUGCUCAAAUGGUCGGCGCUCCCCGAAAAUUUGGAAAUCCUUCUGGCCGACAACAACGACAUCAACCUCCUAACAGCGUCGACGUCAUCGAAGCUCUCACUGAAGACAGUGUCGCUGGCCACGAAUCGGAUUACUGUAAUGAACGCUGAGCAAAUUCCGAAUUCCCUGGAAUCCUUUGAUGUCUCCUUCAAUCGAAUCGCCCGUCUUGGAAAAGGAGCGUUUGGAGAGAAAUCGCAGUUGAGGAAAUUGAAUUUAAAGGGAAAUCAGUUGACAGUGGUGCCAACGGAAUCCAUCAGAAUUCUAGAAGGCGUGCAUCCGGUGAAGCUAGAAAUCAGUCAGAAUCCUCUAAUUUGUGACUGUCAGAUGACGUGGCUUUUGAGCUCUGGAAAGACGUCGAGAAUCCAAAUUCUGGACGAUGCUCAAUGCCAUCAUGCCAUUGACCAACAUCCGAUACCACUGAAGAGCCUUCAAAAGAAGGAUCUCCUGUGCCCUUAUCAAUCGAUUUGUGAGCCGGAAUGCAUCUGUUGCCAGUAUGGAAACUGCGAUUGCAAAUCUGUUUGCCCGGCGUCGUGUCGUUGCUUUAGAGAUGAGCAAUUCAAUAUUAAUAUUGUUAGAUGUGCAGGCAGCAACACUACAGUACCCAAAAGGGAAUUCGUGGUUUCCGAACUGCCGGUCUCUGCGACGGAAAUCAUUCUAUCCGGCGUCACGCUUCCUCAGCUCCGCACCCACAGCUUCAUCGGACGUCUCCGCCUCCAACGACUUCAUAUCAAUGGAACGGGACUUCGGAAUAUUCAGACGAAGGCGUUCCAUACGUUGCCGAGCUUGAAGACGUUGGACCUGUCGGAUAACGCGCUGCUCAGCUUGACGGGAGAUGAGUUUUUAAAGUGUCCCGAGUUGCAGCAGUUGUUCUUGAAUGGGAAUCGAUUUUCGAGCCUGACACGUGGAAUAUUCGAAAAGCUUCCGAACCUGAAGCACCUCACUCUGCACAACAACUCGUUUGAAGAUGUCCCUCGAGUGAUAUCGUCUCUCUCCAAAAUCUCGCUCUCCGGAAACCCGCUGAGAUGUGAUUGCUCGGCGAAAGAUGAGCAAUAUCGUCAUAGCGCUGGCUCCGCGCACCAACAACCGUUUUGGGAGCACAACGCGGCGGAAUGGUUUGCGCAGCAUCGCGAGCUGGUCGUCGAUUUUCAGGCAGUCGAGUGUUGGGAAAAUGUGACGAAGGCUUUUCUGACGAACGAUACGACGGUCCUGUCGGCGUAUCCGCCCAACGUGGGACCCGAUGUUUUUGUGAUGCGGAUGGAGGAAUUCCUCCGCGACUACAACACAACGAUCUGCGUCCCAUUCUCAUCUGGAUUCUUUGGACAAGACCCCCAGAAUAGCAUCAUUUUCGUGAUCGUCUCCGUUUCGAUCGCCGUUUUAUUGUGUAUUUUGGUGGUGUUGGCAGUUUCGUUCGUUCGAAAAUCACACGACGCCAUCAAUCAGAGGAGAUACAAGGCAUCGAGUCUGAAUUGCUCGACGUCCGCCGGAUCGUCACCUCUUCCGAUUCCAUUGCUCAGCUAUCAUGCGUUUGUGUCGUACUCGAAGAAGGAUGAAAAGAUGGUCGUUGAUCAACUAUGUCGUCCUUUGGAAGACGAAGACUAUCAACUAUGCUUGUUACAUCGGGACGGACCAACAUACAAUUCGAAUCUACACGCGAUUUCGGACGAGCUGAUUGCUCAGAUGGACUCAUCGCAAUGCUUGAUCUUGGUUCUAACCAAACACUUUUUGGAAAACGAAUGGAAAACACUGCAGAUUAAGACCUCCCAUCAACUAUUCGCCAAAAAUCGAUCGAAACGAGUAAUCGCCGUGCUGGGCGACGGUGUGGACGCGAAUCUUUUGGACGACGAGCUCGGUCAAAUUCUACGAAAACACACGAGAAUCGAAAUGCGAAGUCAUUUAUUCUGGACACUUCUACACUCAUCCCUACCGUCACGUCUUCCGUUACCGCCGAACGACGAUUCGUCACAACUGUAUUCGGAUAUUUAUGGAAUCGUGCCGUCGGAUGUUGUUUAG